AAAGUACCUACAUAACUGCCAUGGAUUCGUUAUUGAUUUAUAUUCAGACACUGGUGGUCGUUGUGAUCAUCUUCGCUUUGUUUAAAUACUUUUCAAUAAUCUAUAAACAAUCGUCCUACUGGAAAAAGCAUGGAGUACCACGACUGCGUUCAUCUUUAAUGAUUUUCUUUGGUUUCGGCGAUUUCAUAGAAUAUUGUAAAUACGUUUACAAUCAUUAUCCAAGUGCAAAGUACGCGGUAUUUAUGGAUUUCGCCACGCCAAUUAUUGUUUUGCGCGAUCCAGAAAUAAUAAAAACGGUGACUAUAAAAUAUUUCGACCAUUUUCCGGACCAUCGGAGCUUCGUCACCGAAGAAAUGGAUCCAAUUUUUGGGAAGAACGUGUUCUCAUUGAAGGGUGACCGUUGGAGGGAGAUGAGAAACACCUUGAGUCCAUCUUUCACUACCAAUAAAAUGAAAUUCAUCUUCGAUUUGGUGUCCAAGUGUUCUCAAGAAUUCGUCAACUAUCUGUACGACCAUCCAGAAUUCUCUUCAAUGAUAGAGGUUAAGGAUGCAUUCACCAGGUACACGAAUGAUGUGAUAGCUACAGUAGCUUUUGGAAUAGACGUGAAUUCUUUGAAACAUCGUGACAAUGAAUUUUACACGCACGGAAAGGAUGCAACAAAUUUCAGCGGCGUAUUCCGUUUGUUGAAGUUUCUACUUUUCCGUAUUAGUCCACGUAUGACGAGGAUGGUUGGCAUCAAGUUCUUAUCCAACUCAACGUCGGAAUUUUUUUGGAGAGUGAUCAACGAAACGGUGAAAACACGUGACGAACGAGGCAUCGUUAGACAGGACAUGAUCCAUCUUCUGAUGCAAGCUAGAGAUGAUGAGAAACACCAAAUAACUAUCGAGGAUAUCGUUGCCCAGGCUUUUAUCUUUUUGGCUGGCUUUGACACGUCUUCCACCGCGAUGUGUCACGCGAUCUACUUGCUAGCUUUGAAUCAGGAUGUUCAGGCAAGGCUCCGCGACGAGGUGGAUCGUUAUUUGGAAGAAGAAAACGGGAAAAUCUCUUACGAAUCCUUGUCGAAGAUGAAAUACAUGGACAUGGUGAUAUCAGAGACACUUAGGCUUUAUCCUCCGUCGUUGUUAACAGAUAGAACUUGCGUGAAAAAGUUAGAACUGCCUCCAGCUAGGGAUGGUUACGAUGGUAUGACUAUAAAUCCAGGUGAAAACGUUUGGAUCCCUAUUUUUGCGAUCCAUAGAGAUCCGAAAUAUUUUCCAGAUCCGGAGAAGUUUGAUCCCGAACGUUUCAGCGAUGAAAAUAAAAAUAAUAUUGUUCCUUAUACAUACAUACCAUUCGGUUCAGGACCUCGACAGUGUAUUGGAAAUAGGUUCGCGUUGAUGGAGGUAAAACUUUUGAUUGUUCAUUUAUUGCAGAAAUUCGUGAUCAAACCUAACGAAAAGACGUCGAUUCCUCUUGUGUUUAAAAAGUCUAGUUUUACAUUGAUUCCGAAAGAUGGGUUUUGGGUUAGUUUCGAGAAAAGGGAAUAUUAGAUUCGUCGUUAUUGUUUAUGUAUUUUGUUGUUUAUAUUUUGUUGCUGAGAGAGAUGAAUAAAGAAGACGAGCUUUUAUUCGAUUUGAAUAAUAAAAUGGAAAAAAAUUGUGCAAAUUGUAAAA